AUGGCUCAGUGCACGCCGGACCUGUCCGCUGGCGACUGCCUGGCGUGUCUCCGGCGUCUCGUCGACAUGGUCAACUCCACCAUGGCCCUGCGGAUGGGAGCGCAGAUCCACGUGAUACGGUGUUAUUUCAGGUACGAGGCCUAUCAGUUCUACGACAGUCAACCCAUGCUUCGUCUCGGACCGGUGCCGGCGCCAGCUCCAGCUCCAACUAUACUGGCGAAACACAACAGUAAAACGAUGAGGCCAAAAGCAGGAUCUCAAGAAUUGCAGGGAGAUGAACUAGUUUUGGACAGGAAGAAUUCAGAGUUCUCGGUGUUUGAUUUUGAACAGAUACUGGAGGCCACAGAUAAUUUCUCAGAUGAAAACAAGCUUGGAGAAGGCGGCUUCAGCGCUGUCUACAAGGCAUGGCAAUUAUGGGACGAUGGAAGGUGGAUUGAUCUAGUUGAUGCAUCUUUGGUUCCCAAGAGCCACUCAGCAGAAAUGACUAAGUGCAUCAAGAUUGCAUUGCUAUGUGUACAAGAAAAUGCGACUGAUCGGCCGACCAUGGCAGAGGUUGUUGCAAUGCUAAGCCUAAGCAGUGAGACGGCUAUGAUCGUCGCUGAGCCUAAGCAGCCAGCAUAUUUCAAUGUGAGGGUCGGAAAUGAAGAGACAUCCACAGCUACUGAGUCAUGCAGUAUCAAUGAUGUGACCAUAUCGGUCACAACUCCAAGAUAG